AUGAAAGCAUCAAACGGAAGCAGGAUGAAAUUCGUCCGCCCGAUAGUUGAUGAAACACUAUUUGGAGAACGUGUCAAGGCAAGAGAAACAGUUAAUGUUCCUGAUUUUGAACCACCGUGGGUGGACCGAAAAAAUUCUCCUACCAAAACACCCUCUCAACCGCUGUUGUUUUACUGCCCAACGGCACAGACAAGACCUCAUUCAAGGAGUUCUCUCAGUACUCCAGUUCGUGGUUACAAACCAGUAAAAUUUUCUCCCACUCACGUUGAUGAAACGCUCUUCGGGGAAAGAAGGACAAAACUCUCUGAUUCCCCUCCGCCGAGUGAAUUUGACCCUCCAUGGGAAAAGCAGAACGAGCAAAAGCGUGAUAGACCAUUAUUAUUUGAUUGUAACUCAAGGCUUAUGUUUGACAACGCGGGCGAUGAACUCGAAACUACUUCCAGAUCAAGAACUCCCCAAAGUUUCCGCUCCUCGUCUAGAACGAGUUCAAGAACGAGUUCAAGAGCUCAAACUGUGGGGAAAAGACCAAAAUCAGCAUAUAAACCAUCACCGUGGAGAUGA